UGCCUAGGAUAUUCACUGCCGGUAUAGCUGCCUUCUAUGAAGGUUAUUAUGCAAAUAAGGGAGUUGGUAUCAUCAAGGGCACUGUAGCCGUUGGAUUCCUAUGCCACUGGCGGACCAACACAACUUAUUUGAACAAGAGAUUUUGGGGGCAAUGGCAACAGGAAAUGUUUCUGGUUUCUGCUUUGUGCGCUUUUAUAUUUCUAG